AUGGCAUCAGAGGCACUGUGCAAAGUGGGAGAUGGGGAGGAGGCCCUGCUAAAGAAAGAAAACCUCAACAUAAUGAAUGCAGUCGAUCAACUGCCAAAGCCCUUUCCAAACCCCAAGUCUAUGAACCGGACCAUCACCACCAAAGGACUCCCACUUUCCUUAAGAGGCAGUUUGGUUAACCUGGAGGACGAUACCAUCAAUCUACCCUGCAAGAAGUGGAUACCGGUGGGGGAUUCUGAAUGCAGCUCUGAUGACACCAGCAUCUCCCACGUCUCAUCCACCUUGUCAACUCCCAUCAAACUGGCCGUGACCCAGCCCAACAGCACCUUCUUUGCAGGGAUGUUGGAGAGUGAGCUGAACAAACUCAGCAUUCCCUCACCGGCCAAGGAUACCGAAAAGGGGAAUCUGGCUCUCUGCCCCCACCAGUCUAAGUCCAAAAUAACCUCUGGGAGCCUGCUGAACCUUGACAUCUGUGAGCAGGACACAGACACCUCCUCCAUGCUCUCGGAAUCCUCUGUGGUCAUGAACGUGCCGGAGGCCCCCUUCAUCUGUGAACACACCGUCAGCGAUUCCACAGCUGUGAUUUCCUGGACCUAUUCCUUGGGCAAGCAGCAGAUCAGUUUCUACCAGGUCCUGUUACAGGAGGUGGACAGGAAAAAUGAUGAGCUGCCCAAGGCAAAGAAUCAUCCAUGGAUCUUCAACAAGAUCUUGGGCACCACUGUCAAGCUGAUGGAGCUGAAGCCCAACACAACUUACUGCCUCACUGUCCGUGCAGCCAACACAGCUGGGGUGGGAAAGUGGUGCAAGCCGUACAAAUUUGCAACAGUGGCCACUGACUUCAACGGCUUUCCUGAGAACAACCCCAUCCAGAUCACCGUGCAGCGCAGGGAACCCCAACGGAAAACCGUGUCCAUUGCGCUGGAGGAGAUGCGGAGGCUAGAGGAUCUGGAAUACCUAUUUCCCUACUAA